GUCAAAGGAGACGUUCCGCUCGGUCCCUUGUCCGAUCCCCUCGUCGCCCUCACUUCGUUCCCGGUUCUAAUCCCUUGUUUCAUUGUACUUCUCGCUUGUCUAUCGACGAACACUAUCGGCAGCUAUAUGCGCUAUCAAUCAUACCCUUCAAUAAUCUAGACGACAACCACGACAUGCCAUGGACACCCUAUUCAACCGUACACGGAGCAAGGCGUCCUCGCGAGCGUCGAGACCUCAGCUAGAUCUAGAUUCCUUUGGCGCAUCCGACUCAGAUCUACGAGCGCUGCCUUACGAUAGGACGACGCUCACACGCCCACCGCCAUUUUCCGGAGCUCAGCCUGCAAGACAGAAUGGCCAGAAUGGCCAGAACUUGCUCAUCAGUGCUCCAAAUACCAAUCCUGGCUUGACCAUGAAUGGUACCGACCUUAAUAUCAACGCGUAUCGUGACAGGCAGAAAGAGCGGGCAGCUCAACGCGACCAGAGAAGAGACAAUGCCUCGAACGAAUCUGUGUUGUACAGUCUGGAUGAAGAGUCCUCGUCGUUGCAAUCUUACUCCCGGGCAUCGGGAACUCAGACGUCAUUGCCCAUAUUUUCACCUGCCUCUCCUGCAGCUAGCACGCCACAACUCCCGCCUAUUUCGGCUCAGAGCGACUUUAACCCUUCUUUCCCGCCUUCCUCAGCGUCAACAGCGCGGGACGGGAGAUUUACUCCACGCCUGUCCACCUCAACCGUGAACACCCUUGCCUCCGACCGCUCAUCUCGCAUGCCCGCACCAAGUACGUACUCAGCAUCGGAGAGCAAUACAUCUUUCUCCCGUUCGCGAGGCGCACCAUCCAUGAUGUCCCUCCCCCAGACGCCACCAGUCUCAUCAACCGCAUUUUACUUUCCCCGACCUUCACCCAAGACGUUACAAGUAAUGUUUGAACCACUCGCUGAGGCGCGCGACAUACCCCAUGUGGAGAUGCUGAACGACGACCAGAAGUAUCAGUUGAUUAUGAGCGACGCGCGUCAGAAGUGGGAAGCAGCAAAGCACCGGUCGACACGGAUUGAACCAAGCAGCACUUUUACAGGAAAUGCGGGCAUUUCCGGAGUGGGCAGCAUGGGAGGUGUUGAUGGGAAGGAUGCACCUGAGUACUAUCUCAAGAGGAUGAUUGACGGGAAGGCGAAUGUGAAGGAUUUGACCAGCCUGGGUGUAAGUCUGCGGACGAGCACGGUGGAUUGGGUGGACACCUUCGUUAGAGCACAGGGUAUGCCUGCUCUGUGCAAGGUUUUGACCAGCAUACAUGUGAAGAAUAACCCACGGCCUGAGGAUCAUCUCCUAGAACUGGAGAUUUUGAAGUGCUUCAAAACACUUUUGAAUCGUCACGGAACUCUUGAAACAGCCGUUCCCCGCCGUGGCACAAUCUUCACGCCUCUCAUAUCGUCUGUGUGCUCUCCUCACCUCCCGUCACGCAAGAUGGCUACCGAACUCCUCGCCUUCUUCAUCGAAUAUAAGGACGUUGAUGCGUGGAAAGUGGUCGUCCCCGCACUUGAUAACAUCGAAAUAAGCCCUUUGCAGGCAUCGAAGGAGACACAGUCCGGCGAUGCAGGUCUUGAGGGACGAUUUGGGAGAUGGUUUAGGACCGUGGAGAAUACCCUCGAGGGGCGUGGAAGAAUGGGAACAAUGGUUGGUGCGACGGAGGAGGUUCGAAGAGGUGCUGGGAUGGAUCCUGCGCUGAAUGAUUACGCUCAAAUGACGUUCAUCUCAAUCGAGGGACUCAUCCGCAAGCAGCCAAGUGCUGAUACUCGCAUUAAUCUCCGUUCGCAAAUGGAGCUUGCUGGCCUUCGUCGUCUGCUGGAACUCUUUGAGCGGAUGGCAGCGGAAAAUGGCGCAAACUCUUCUACCUGGUCGAAGCUGCGCAAUCGCCUGAAGAACUUCAACGACCUCUGGGAGACCGACGAGCGGGCCGUGAUGGAAGAAUACGAUCGCACGGUGAUGAAGGACAUGCAGCAACCUGAGGACGUCUUCAAAGGUAUAUUGCUUAAACUUGGAGACACAAAGAGCCGAGAAUACUUCGAACUCCUCAUGAAAAACCUGCUCCUACUGAGGCGUGAAGGCGAAGACCGCGACAAAUGCUUCCAGAUCUUCGCUGAAUUCAUUGCUUCAUUUGUUCUGGAGGGCAGGCAGCCUGGAGGCGAAAUGUCAUUCGGGGACCGCUUCGGCGCUAGUGUUACACAGUUGAUUGCCAGAUUUGGUGACCAGGAAAGAUUGCAGAAGGCCGAAGAAGGGGAAAGAUUCUGGCGGAAGAAGGCAGGGGAGGAGGAGGCCAAAGGGAAAGCACUCGAAGCAGAGCUGGAGAUGGGUGAUGCUGGGCUGGUGGGUAGGCUGAAAGCCGACCUGAAGGACAUGGAACAAAAGCUAGAGAAGAGCCGCGCACUCACGGCUGCGCUUCAGCAGCGGAUGGAUAUCAUGGCCGAAGAGCACCGGAGAUUAGUUGCGAGCCUUGAGAGGGACAUCAGGGAGCUGUUCCGUAUGUUGCGGGAGGCUAGGGGGGGUAGCUUGGAUACUGUGCUGGAGGAGGCCAAGAGUGCGAGACGGCAGGAACUCGUGGAACGUGUCGCUGCUCAAAUGCAACGGGACGAUACGAUCGAGAUACUCGAGGGACGACGGGGCAAGAAGAAGCGAGCGAGCAAGGCAGUGGUAGGCUCCGUGGAUGAAAGCGAGAGUGGAGAGGAACCGGAGAGAGUAGGUGCCGCGAGAAGGCGGGAGCAGGCUAAGAAAGGCAAGAGGCCCAGUUGGGCUGUGCAUAGCAGAGGCCUUAGCCUCGGCGGACGUACAAGUCAGUUCAUGGAUGCAGACGAGGAACGAGGAAUGCUGGAAGAGCAGAUGCUUGACGAGGAUGCAAGGAGACGAGAUCCUGACGCCACACUGAGGCGGGCUGCUGCUCAGCGGCAUACCCGUGUUCAGGGUGCAAGCGAGGGCGAGCAAUUAGAUUCUCCUUUCACUCCUCAGACGCUUCUCCCGCCCUGUCGUCUGCGCAAUGGUGGCGCGGUCUCUUUUGACGGCGAUGACAGUGAGCUUGGAACCAUACGCGAGAGCGAAACGGACCUGUCUAGGAUUUCUGGCGACACACAGCCAACGUCCUUGGGGUCAUUCUCGCUUGAUGCAUCGGCAACAGAUUCGAAAGACGGUAAAAGUCUUCGCCUUCUUCGAGUCAAAAACACUGCGGUUCGGGGAAAUUCAUUCUCUGAGCAGCUCGCAAACAGGUUGGCAAGCAUGGGUAAGGACCCAGAUGACGGCAGCAGUCCUGCAGAGGGACCCAGUAGCGCUGUCGUUGGACCUAACCAGGGCGAACCCCCACAAGCGCAGUCUCCGCCCCCUCCACCGCCGCCACCGCCCCCGCCUGGUGGCCGGGGAAGCCCAAUUCCUCCUCCGCCACCUCCUGGAGUGCCUAUGACCUCUGCUUUGCAGGCUGCAAUCGCCUCUCGCGCUACAUCUUCCCGGGAUACCCCUGGUAGCACGGAUCCUUCUUCGCCGACAAUGCCAUCACCUCCGCCCCCGCCCAAUCCCUCUCGUGCUUCCGGCUUAAAUGCACAUAUCAUUCAUUUGUCCGGCGCUCUCACUCGCAAGGAUAUACCGAUUUCGUCUACAACCAGGAUGAAACAACUUCAGUGGGACAAAUUGCCCCAGCAAGUAGUAUCGAAGACAUUGUGGGGCAGUGCCCCACAGAGGGAGGCUGAGAGAGAAAAAGAGUGGGUGGAAAAGCUCCUGGAAGAUGGCGUAUGGAAAGAAAUGGAAGAAGAUUUUAAGGCAAAGCAAUUGGUGAUCAAUUUGAUGGCCAAGCAAAAGCGAGCUGAGCUGAAGAGUGUGUUGGAUACUCAGACGAAGAAGGCAGUUGAAAUCAUGAUUCAACGUGUGAAAACGCUCGCGCCGGAAGAAAUCGCCCUCAAAAUCUUGCAGUAUGACCAGGAUCUUUGUACCGAAACCUUCUUGGGCGAACUCAAACGCGUGUUGCCCUCACCUGAGCAAGUAGGAAAACUGAACGUGUACCGGAAUUCAAAUCCUGAAGAGCUGGCGGAGCUACAUCCUGCAGAUCGAUUGAUGGUGCAACUGAUCAAAAUUGAUCGUUUAGCGCCACGCAUAGAAGGGAUGCUUUAUCAAUCGAGGUUCGAGGAACGUUUCACUCUGAUCGAGGACGGCGCUACGAAACUCCACGAUGCUGGAGAGUCUCUGCAGAGAGCAGCGAAAUUCAAGGAGCUUCUCAGUCUCAUUCUUCUCAUUGGCAACUACAUGAACGGAACGGGUAUCAAGGGUGGUGCAUACGGUUUCCGUGUCAGUAGCAUCAACAAGCUUGUGGACACUAAAUCAGUCAACAGCACCACCUUGCUGCAUUUCCUGGAGAAAACAGUGUCACGUCACUUCCCUGAUAUGGAGGAAUUCCUGGACGAGCUGGCCAAACCAGCUGAUGCUUACAGGGUUAAUUUGCAAGAUAUCCGUAAAGGGUUAGGCGAGCUCCGUGAAGGUCUGACAGCCAUUCGACAAGAGCUUACAGAAUUCUUCUCUGAUGUCGACGCCCUCCCUCCGGAGGAUCGUUGGGCAAAGAAAAUGUGGCGAUUUGUUGGCGAGGCGGGCGCUCGUCUUGCCGACCUAGUUGAUGAUGUUACAUUGGCUGACACCACUCUUACGGAAGUUCUGAGAUUUUAUGGUGAAGAUGAAAAGAACAUGACUUCGUACGAAUUCUAUGGCAUUUUCAAAACAUUUGUAACCUCCUACAAGAAAUGCAAAGCGGAAAACCAGGCAACGGAAGCUGACCGGGCAGCUUUGGAGCGUCGCAAACUUGCUGUACAGCAAGCUCGACAAGCGCGCCAACAAGCGAAUGAAGCCAUCGAAGAUGAAUCAGCAGACACCACAGUGCUAGACAGCUUAUUGGAGAAGUUGCGGAACGGCGACACGAUCAGUCGCAAGUCUCGGCGCCGUCAACAAAGCGACCAGAAGCAGUAUGAUCCACCCUUAUCACCCACGUUCGAAGGUGCAUCCGACGGAGAUGCAGUCGAAUUGGCAAGUAAUAUGCUUGCGCAGUUGAAACAGGACGGCUUUACACCGUCUACUCCCAUUUCGGCCCGCCCCGAGCGCGCCUCUCGUCGAUCCCGGUUGAGGACGAAAACGAACAGUACAAAUGGAUCCAUAGAUGCAGGUUAUGCUGGCUUGCUUGAGACAGCUAUGAGUGGUCUGAGCGACUCCAGGCCGAACUCUCGCAUGCAAACACUGUCGGAGGACGGCGACUAUGGCCUGUUUUCUGAUGAAGAAUCAACGAGAGCCGCAGUACGAGGUUUCAUGAGUGAUGCCGACUAGGGGCUGUUAUAUGUCUCAUUAUUCCUUUCUGAUUGAUGUUCUAGAACAUUGUAUGGUAAUCACGAUUCAUCCUUUUUUUCAUUGCUGUCUUCGGAAUUCCUUGCAUGUUCUCUAUACCCACACAUGUUCGCAUACUCAAGGUUUUUUUUUCAAUUCACGCUGUUCACGACACUAUAUUAUUGAAGU